AGAAGCACAACAACAAACGUGGCAUAUUUUCCCUUAUCUCUGCUGCUUCCCGCACUUGAAAAGAAGUUGCACAAAAUGGCUGGCAAGUUUCGUGGGGAGGUGGGCAAGCUCUCCAAGCCAAAGAAGAACAAGUCAUCAAAGCGCGCCAAGAGUAAAAAGGUCGUCUCGUUAGUGAAGCGCAGCCGCAAGUUAGACUCCGAAGCGCUGCAGAGCCGAAUUGCCGAACUCACAAGCGGCAACGCGGCCGGCGCACACCCAACGAUUGGCAGCAAAGCAGCGAAGGCCAGCGCGGCGGGAGGGUCUCCAUCGGGCAAGGUGCAGGUGGGCAAGGCGGCGCUAGAGGUGGUGGGCAAAGGCAAGCGGGAGCGCAUCGUUCCAGAGAAGGACGUUGCCGUGCAGCGGACCACCGCAGAAGCCAUCGGACUUAAGAUUCUGCACCAGGCCGUCAAGAAUCAGAGCCACGAGCGACUCCUCCCCCACCAAAACCGACACGACUACGAGUACCGGCUGCGCUCGGUGGCCACGAUGGGCGUCGUGCAGCUCUUUAACUCGUUGGCGCAGUCGCGGAAGGCCAGCGCCGCGCUAGAGGCGGAGGAAUCGCGGAUGACAUCUGACAAGGUGAUGGAGAAGAAGCAGGUGGCGUCGAAGGAGGCGUUCCUCGCAGCUCUGCGGCAGCCGCAGCAUCGCUAA